UAGAUAUUUUCCCUUUCCCUUUCCUUUAUUUUUUUUUUCUUUGGAGCCAAGCCGGGGGUGACUGUCGCAUGCGAUCAGUGGUCGCCAGAUUCUCCUCCUCAUCACCUUCCAUUGGCCGACAUUCGUCCAUUCCUCGCCUCCUCUCUCGCUUCCUCUCUCUGCAUCGUUUAGCUCCAAUGGCAGCACCCUCCGAGGAGUCCCUCCGCAAGGCUCUGGCCGACAAGCAGGCUGCCGUCGACUCCCGAGGCAACGCCGUCCGCGCUCUCAAGGCCGCCAAGGCGUCCAAGCCUGAGAUCGACGCCGCCAUCGAGGCCCUCAACAGCCUCAAGCUCGAGAAGUCCUCGAUCGAGCAGCAGCUCCAAGCUAUCGUUCGCGGCGGCGACGGCAGCUCCCUCUCCAGGGAGGAAUUCCGUCAGGCCGUUGUCAACACUCUCGAGAGGCGGCUCUUCUAUAUUCCUUCCUUCAAGAUUUACCGCGGUGUGGCCGGGCUCUACGAUUACGGCCCGCCCGGCUGCGCCGUCAAGGCCAAUGUCCUCAGCUUCUGGCGUCAGCAUUUUGUUCUGGAGGAGAAUAUGCUUGAGGUUGAUUGCCCGUGCGUGACGCCGGAGAUCGUCCUCAAGGCAUCCGGUCACGUAGACAAGUUCACUGACCUCAUGGUGAAGGAUGAGAAGACCGGGACCUGCUAUCGGGCUGACCACUUGCUCAAGGACUUCUGCAACGAGAAGCUUCAAAAGGACCUGACCCUCAGUGCGGAAAAGGCUGCAGAGUUCAAGCAUGUGCUCGCCACCCUGGACGAUCUCUCCGCCGACGAGCUUGGCGCUAAGAUUAAGGAGUACGGUAUCGUGGCUCCGGACACGAAGAAUCCUCUCUCCGAUCCAUAUCCCUUCAAUUUGAUGUUCCAGACAUCAAUCGGCCCUUCUGGCUUGCUCCGUGGGUUUAUGCGCCCCGAAACUGCUCAGGGCAUAUUUGUGAAUUUCAAGGAUUUGUAUUAUUACAAUGGCAAUAGGCUCCCUUUUGCAGCAGCCCAGAUUGGUCAGGCUUUCAGGAAUGAGAUUUCUCCACGUCAAGGUCUUUUGAGAGUCCGGGAGUUCACACUGGCUGAGAUUGAGCAUUUUGUUGAUCCGGAAGACAAAUCGCACCCCAAAUUCCAGGAAGUUGCUGAUUUGGAGUUUCUGAUGUUCCCUAGGGAGCAACAAAUGUCUGGCCAAUCUGCCACAAAAAUGUGCCUGGGUGAAGCAGUUUCGAAGGGCACCGUUAACAAUGAAACUCUUGGCUAUUUCAUUGGGAGAGUAUACCUCUUCUUAACCCACCUUGGUAUAGACAAAGAACGUUUACGGUUCAGGCAGCAUCUUGCAAAUGAAAUGGCCCACUAUGCUGCGGAUUGUUGGGAUGCUGAGAUUGAAUGCUCGUAUGGUUGGAUCGAGUGUGUCGGCAUUGCAGAUAGAUCUGCAUAUGAUCUGCGUGCUCACACGGAGAAAAGUGGUGUUGCUCUUGUUGCUGCCGAAAAAUUCACACAACCAAGAGAAGUAGAGAAACUGGUUAUAACUCCAAACAAAAAGGAGCUUGGCCAAGCUUUUAGUAGAAGUCAAAAGAAUGUAGUUGAAGCACUGGAGGCAAUGACCGAAGAAGAAGCUAUGAAGAUGAAAGCUGCUUUAGAAUCUAAAGGAGCGGAUGAAUUCCUUGUAUGCACCCUCGGGGAAACAGUAACUAUCAAGGCUAGCAUGGUCAAGAUCUCUAAAGAGAAGAAGAAGGAACACCAGCGAGUUUUCACACCAUCAGUAAUUGAGCCUUCUUUUGGUAUUGGGCGCAUAAUAUAUUGCCUUUAUGAGCAUUCUUUUUACAGAAGAGGCAAGAAUAAGGAAGAGCAAUUAAAUGUCUUCCGCUUCCCUCCGCUCGUGGCCCCGAUCAAAUGCACAGUCUUCCCAUUGAUCCAAAAGCCGGAGUAUGAAGCAGUAGCUCAACGUAUCAGCAAGUUGCUGACUGCUGCUGGAGUUUCACACAUAAUUGACAUGAGCGGUAAUACAAUCGGGAAAAGAUACGCGAGAACAGAUGAGCUAGGUGUUCCCUUUGCGAUAACUGCCGAUUCGGAAUCAGAUGUGACAAUCCGAGAGAGGGACAGCAAGGACCAGGUCCGAAUCAGCGUCGAUGAGGUGGCAUUGGUUGUGAAGGGCCUAACUGAUGGGCAAAGGACAUGGGCAGACAUCUGGGCGGCUUACCCCCAUCAUUCCUCUGCCUCUGCUGAUGAUGAGUAAGCGGGUAGACACAAAAGAGAGAUUCUUACCUUAAUUUAUGUAUUAAGUCUCUUAUGCUAUACAACGUUAGACCAACCAUUUGGUGUAGUUUUCGUACAUUACACACCCGAGUUUUUUUCUGUGACCUUUUUCCUUUCUUCCUCGAUGAUAAUGCAUGAUGGAAUAGAAGAAAGAAACUGCAAUCUUCUCUUUUCCAGUUCCGUAGGAUUGGGUUGGUGGCCGAUGUGUUUUUCCUCUA